CUCGAUCUUAUAAAUGGUAUAUUUAGCUUGCCUUUGAUGGUCUCAUCCUCAUAAACUCUAAAUCUUUCGAAAGAGUUCUUUCUAAAUUUUUCUAAAGAAUCUAAAUCGUUCAGAAGACUCUUACUUUCUUUUUCUAAAGAAUCUAAAUCAUUCUUAAAUUUUACUGCCACAGUGCUUCUAGUACUUCUAGGUAACUGCGCUUCUACGUCCGCAGGCGACCUUGGUCCUUUUACCAGUAUCCAAUCUGCAGCGCAGAUUCUGCACAUCCAGAAAGACAGAUUUAGGCGGACCCAAUGGCUAUCCCUAGGAGUUUGUCUUUGUGCUUGUAGUUAAGCUAAAGGUAGAUGUAGUUGUUGAUGUAGAGUAGUUGUAAUAGUAAGCUGUUCACGUUCAGACGAAAGCAGAAAAAGACAGUGAACGAUUAAGAUACGCGUAAAACUAGCUAUAUCUGUAUGCAAAUGCAUUACGUUAAAACCAAUCUCGAUCACGUGCGUUAAGGUUAAUGCUAUUACAGACUGAGACUCCGCAAAGGUAAACUGAAUCUCAUUGGCUAGCACUUAUCCAAGUCCAAAUCAAAG